AAGUAAAAACAGUGAGCUAGAAAAGGGAGAGAAGUAGGAUAGCAGCAAAAGAAAGGAAGGUGGAGGGUCUGUUAUCAGUUUCCACUAUUAUUUCCCCAUCAAAGAAAGCAACACCACAGUAUUAUUACCAACAACAACACCACAGUAUUAUUACCCACAAGCACCACUACCUUACUCUUUUCUGUUGAUCCACCAAAUCAUCAUGUUACUGCUUCUCUCAUUUUCUUUCUUAGGUAAUUCUACUCCCCCACUCUCUCUCAUCUUACAUUCCCUUGUUUCGUUGCCCAAAUGUUUAGGGUACGGCCACACUGUUGGAUACGGUGAGCAAAAGCAAGUUUUAGAGCCUGUUGACAAGUUUCUGUUCAAGGGUGUUAGGGGGACUGUCCACGUGCAUUGCCAUUAGGCGUCUUGCUGAUAGUUUAGGUUUGGCCUUAUAAUGGGUUCUCGAUUCCCGUCUCAUCAGUUGAGCAGUGGCCUUUAUGUAUCUGGCCGACCUGAGCAGCCAAAAGAAAGGACUCCAACUAUGAGCUCAGUUGCCAUGCCUUAUACAGGCGGGGAUAUCAAAAAGUCUGGAGAACUCGGAAAAAUGUUUGUUAUCCCAACAACGGAUGGCUCGAGAUCACGGAAAUCUGGACCUAUCAACAAUGCCCCGUUGAGAACUGGAUCCUUUGGUGGCGCUACUUCUCAUUCAGGUCAACUGAAUUCAGUCAAUCGUAUGACUUCUGCUGGAGGUACUGGAUCUGUUUCUCUGAAGAAGACCAAUUCUGGGCCUUUAAAUAAACAUGGGGAGCCUAUGAAGAAGUCCUCUGGUCCUCAAGGUGGUGUAGGUACUGUUUCGUCCCGCCAAAAUUCUGGACCUAUCCCCCCAGUUCUCCCUACCACAGGCCUCAUUACAUCUGGUCCUCUAAACUCUGCUGGAGCUCCUCGAAAAGUGUCAGGUCCUUUGGAUUCAACAGGGUCUAUCAAAUUGCAGCAUUCUGCUAUAGUUAAUAACCAAGCUGUUACUCGCAUUAACCAAGGUGACGAAUAUUCCUUCCGCAAGAGCUUUCCAAAGCCAAUAUUUUGGUCCAUCAUUCUUUUAUUUGUGAUGGGAUUUAUUGCUGGUGGCUUUAUCCUUGGUGCUGUCCGCAAUCCCAUUCUCCUCGUAGUUGUUAUUGUCCUUUUUGCUGUAGUCAGCGCGGUGUUCACGUGGAAUACUUGUUAUGGAAGAAAAGCUAUCAUUGGUUUCAUUUCUCAGUACCCAGAUGCUGAGCUUAGAACUGCAAAAGAUGGCCAAUUUGUUAAAGUUUCUGGGGUUGUUACCUGUGGAAAUGUUCCUCUUGAAUCCUCAUUUCAGAAGGUUCCUAGAUGUGUUUAUACAGUCACAAGCUUAUAUGAGUACCGAGGGUGGGAUUCAAAAACUGCUAACGCAGAACAUCGCCGGUUUUCUUGGGGGCUUCGUGCAAUGGAGCGGCAUGUCACUGAUUUCUAUAUCUCCGAUUUCCAGUCUGGAUUAAGGGCUUUGGUCAAAACUGGAUAUGGUGCAAGAGUAACCCCUUAUGUUGAAGAGUCUAUUAUUGUAGAUAUCGAUCAAUCAAACAGGGACAUGUUACCCCAGUUUGUUAGAUGGCUGGCAGACAGAAAUCUAUCCAGUGAUGACCGAAUAAUGCGAUUGAAAGAAGGGUAUAUAAAAGAAGGUAGCACUGUCAGUGUAAUGGGAGUUGUCCAGCGGAACGAUAACGUUUUGAUGAUUGUUCCUCCUCCAGAGCCAUUUUCAACGGGAUGUCAGUGGGCUAAAUGCAUUCUUCCAGCCAGUCUGGAGGGCAUUGUAUUGAGAUGUGAGGACAGUUCAAAGAUUGAUGUUAUUCCAGUGUAGCAAUUUUAUCAUUCAAGAAGGCUCUGCUGUUUUGGUUUUACAGUUGCUGGAAAACCCUCUUCCAGUGGCAACAAGAAUGGCAUCUUCACACGGUUAACCAGAUGUAUAGCUUGUCAAUUCAAUUUUAUUAUUUUUCUUUUCCCUGUAAUGGCGUUGGUUUGAUCAAUUGUGUAGAGGAAACAUGUUGAUUAGUGAGGAUUUAUGAGAGUUCUUUUGGCUAGAAUUUUAUUGAUGUUGGGGGCUUUUCAAAACUUUUUGCCCUGAUGCAUACAAGCUAUGUUUAUUUGGUAUUUGUAAUUCUUUUGUGGCAUCUUAGCCACUCUCAAGGCAUUAUUGCAAAUGAAACCACUGCUCCGGCAUA